AUUUCCCUCACCUUAUUUCUAUCCUCAGGGAUGAACUAAGUGAAUUUUCUAGCACACUAUUAGAAAAGGAUAACAUAGAUUUACUGUUUAAAGUGUUCUUAAAAAUGAUGUUAACUGAAGACUUUUUUCUCCUUUUUUAAAAAAGAGGGAGGAGGUGAGCUGCUGGUGCAGCCAACUAGCUUACAGGAGUUCCGCCCAGCUCAUCAACUCUCUAUGGCCACAAAACAUAGUGAGCUCGUACUUCAUUUGGUUUCCACAGGGAAAGAUAUUGGAUUCUGGGACUAUAUACACAACAACCCCUCACAACAGCUGCUCCAGUAACUCCUUAGACUUCCAAUGCAGACUUCCAACGCCUCAGACUGUUCACAAUUAUUUAUUUUUAGGCAAUAUCAAAAUUUUCCUGAGGAAUGAAAGCCACAGCAGGAAAAUGACAGUGUUUAUCAGUUUACAACUCAGUCAAACCUGAAUGGAAUUCCAUAUAAUGUAUAUAAGAAAUCUCUAGCCCUAGGCAUUUGUCUCUGCCAAACAGUAAAGGCCUGCUAUAAAGAAUGGAAGUGUUAGAGCUUCUCAAAAAAAGGAUCUCCACAAUCAUUUAUAACAUUAAAUAUCAGCAACUUAGAUACAGUGUUUACUCUCAGCUCCCCUUGUAAUACUGCUUAGGAAGAUAUGUAACCACUAACACAACACUUUUUUUUUCUUAUGUACAGAUUACUCAGGAACGGGAAAAUUGCUGUGCCUUGAGAUGCAAAACUCUCUCCGGACACUGAGACCUCAGUAAAUCAUCAUUGCAAUCAACCAAAUCAGGGAACACAGACUGAAAUAUUCUAAGAUGUCCAACUCAAGCAUAAAUACAUCAGGAAACAACUGCACUUACAGCUCAGUAAUAACUACUCGAGUCCUUCCAGUGGCUUAUCUAUUCAUUUUCAUAGGAGGAAUUCUGCUAAAUGGUAUAGCAGCAUGGAUUUUCCUGCAUAUUCCAAGCAAGAAAAGCAUUGUCGUCUAUCUCAAGAACAUUGUUGUUGCUGACCUUCUAAUGAGUCUGACUUUUCCUUUUAAAAUUCUUAGCGACUCAGAAAUUGGGCUAUCGCAGCUCAAUGCUUUUGUCUGCCGAUAUUCUGCUGUAAUUUUUUACCUAAAUAUGUAUAUUGGAAUAACAUUUUUUGGCCUCAUAGGAUUUGACAGAUACUACAAAAUUGUAAAGCCUCUGCUUACAUCCUCUGUUCACACAGUUUAUUUCAGUAAGAUUAUCUCUGUAAUCACAUGGGCACUGCUCAUGUUUUUAGCACUGCCAAAUAUUAUUUUAACGAACCAAAAUGCUACAGAGAAUACCACCAAAAAUUGUGUAACUCGUAAAAGUCCUCUGGGUGUUCAGUGGCACAAAGCUUCGAGCUACAUUUGUGUAGGGAUUUUCUGGACUGUGUUUCUUCUGUUAAUCAUUUUUUACAGUGCAAUAUCAAGAAAAAUAUAUCAUUCCUACAGAAAAUUCAGGAGAAAUUCAACGUUAACUAGGGAAAAAAUCAAUCGCAAUAUAUUCAGUAUCAUGUUUGUAUUUAUCAUUUGUUUUGUGCCAUAUCAUCUCUGCAGAAUUCCAUAUACAUUAAGUCAAACUGGAUCUAAGUUCCCCUGUCAAUCAAGAAAAAACCUAUUCUAUGCAAAAGAAUUUACUCAGUUCCUGUCUGCUGCAAAUGUGUGCCUUGAUCCCAUUAUUUAUCUAUUUCUCUGCAAGCUCUUUAGAGAAAAGUUGUAUCAAAAACUGCAUUUCAAGUUGACAUCAGAUGAAACAGAAAAUUCUAAAUCCAGAAGGUCAAAUACUACAUGAAAGUAUAAUUAUUUCAUAAACUCAUAUAUCCCUUAUAACAUGCUGUAUGGACAAUUAUUCCAAGCUGCAAAGCAGCUAAUGAAGGAAUUGGAUAAAUGAAGAGCAUGUGGAACAAGUGACACAAGGUUUCAAAAUAAAAAGCAUUUCAACUGUUUAUUUUCCAGAUUAAAAAGUAUUACCACAUAUUGUACUGUGUACUACUUCCAGAUUACUUCAUAUUCUAGCUUAUUAUAAUGGAGCCUAUUAGCUGUCAGAGACAUAAACAGACAGGAGAAUGACUGGGUUAGAAAGCCCUAGAUAAGAAGGCCAUGGUUCUACAUGAGUGGCAAGGAUUAACUAGCAGAUCUAUACAACAAGCUGAAGCUCAUUAGCCUCCAAGGAAGCAAACCCUGGUGCAUGUAAGAAGUGCAUGCUAGCAACAAGGGUUUGGAAGUGGCUGAACAGCAAAGUUGGGCAAAAAAAAUGGACAAAUUGUUUUCCACCAAAAAAAAAAAAUGCAGUUUCAAUUGCCUUCUGAUUAUUCAUGAAUUUGACACACAUAACUUUGGGAAAUCACAGACCUGCCAGAGGAAAAAGCAGGAGAAAUAAUGAGGUGGUGGUGAUGCUGCUGAUUCUGGAAGUGCUAUUCCCACCCAUAACUAUUAGCUCACUCAUCUGCUAGGUAUUCAUCUUACAUUAGGUAAACUCAGGUUUAAAUUCUCACUGUGAAACAAACUUUGAUUCCAUGAUUUCAACCCAUUUGGAUUUUUUUUCUCUAUUUUUUGCAAUUGUUAUUGAAUUAAAAAAACAGUUAUUUGCCCAGUUCAGGGAUGGAAGAGAUCUGUCACUUCUCACUUCAGCAUCAGACUAUCAAUCUCUAGCAAAAUGAAGAGCUAAGAGUACAGAUUCUGGAGAUGGUCCCAUCCAGCCUACCAUAGGACAGUUGAAGGAAGAGAGGAAAGAAUAAAGGUGCAACAGCUCAGAUCCUCAAGACUCUGUGUAGAGCUUAGGAAUCAUAAGUUUAGCAACAUGAGGUAAUUUUAAGAAAAUCUACAGGCAGUCCCCGGGUUACAUACAAG